GCGACACACUCGCGCUUGGGUGGAGCCUGCCGCGACCAAAACACGUCGCAAGACUCUUGCGGUCCAGCUGACGCGUCCAGCUCCUGCAGCUGUCAAUUUUAGGGCCGCACGCCAACCUGGGGGCCUGGGUACAUAGUGUUAGCUGCUAGGAUUAUCAGCGCUUGGGUCCGGGGGUCUGCACGUCGACCUGCAGGCCCUUCGCCAAACCAGCCUGAGUGAGAGCAGGGAGAAACGGGUCAGGACGCGAGCGCGAUGGUCGGCCUCCCCGCAGGAGAGCGGGAGGCCAAGGCCCCGAACAACAUGUCACCGGAUGAGUACAAGGAGUGGCUGCGGGCAGCGGGCCGGCGGACGCUGGAUAAGUAUCGUCACCAGAAGGGACUCGCGGCCAAGAGCGCCGCCUCCGGGGCAGGGGCCGCACCUGGUGCACCUGCCCCCCCGCCGGCGGUGGAACUCACGACGUUCAAGGUGUUCACACAGCCGGCGGAGGUGGCGACGGGGAGAGCCACAUUACCUACCGAGAUGCCGCGCCUGGGGCAGGGUAUGGCGAGCACGUCCCUGGGCGCGCUGCCGCCCAGCAGUGCGUGCGCGCCGCCGCUGCACAAGACGUCUUGCUCCUCCUCCGCAGCCUCCGGGACGGUUGUGGCGGGCAGCCUGCCGAGCAGCACCGGCUACAGCCUCGCUGGCUCCAGCUUCGCUGGCACCAGCCCAGCGCCGGAGGGCUUCCUGAUGGGCCGGCAGGAGGACGAGGGGCCCACAGGUCUGGACAUCAACUCGGGCGUGCGGGCAGGCAGUGGCACAGACCAGGCGAUGGUGGACAUGCUACUGGCGCAGGUGGAGGCUCUGAUGCGCGACAAGGCGGCGCUGUCUGCGGAGAACGCGGGGCUGCGGCAGCAGGUGGAGCAGCUGACAGAGCUGGUGGGCUGGCUGUCGCUGGAGCGCGGCGAGGAGGGCGCAGGCGGGGCGGGGGCGGCGGAAGAGGAGGGCGGCUCGGGGGCGGCGGGGCUGGAAAGCCCGGGCGGGGCGUUGUACGGGUAUGACAGCGCGUACGCCUUCGCAGACCCGUCGGAGGAGCCAGGGCAGGACUUGGGGCUGACGGCGGAGCGCGCGAUGGAGGGUGCAGUAGAGGGCGGGGAGGCAGGGCAAGGGCUGUCUGCCGAAUCGGCGGUGACGGUCACAGGUGACGCAGGCGAGGGGACAGAGCCAGGGAUCGUGCGGUCGCCAGUCGCAGCAACAGGGCCGCGGGCCACGGCUGGACAAGAGGCGGAUGCGGAAGAGGCUGGGUCACUGGGGCCGCUGGGGUAGCAUGAUGGGGUGGACACCGUCAUGGUGCCGGGCCCUGAGCGAAGGAGCUGGUGCAGUGUGGCGCGCCAGGAGAACUUCGAGGCACGAAUACGUGGGUAGAGUCUAGUGCUUGCCGGCGUGGGUGAGCAGGUUGUAGACUACGGUAAUCCAGAUGUCGGCUCGUGCUAGUAUUCUGCGGCGAUGCAGUCCGAAGCUGAGGACUAAAAGAAGGCGUGGUCAUGAACGCCUUGAACCUUGAAGUGACGCGGCACGGCGUGGUUGUAUGAGCGAGGGAGGAGCGGAAAGGAGUUAAAUCAGAUAAUGUCCAAGCUUGCAGUUGGAGGUCACAAGUCCACGGGCGCAUAAGGGGGGGGGUGCAGAUUUUCCGCCUGGGGUACCGGCGGGUUUCGGCAUUACUGGCACGUACCCAUC